AUGGUUACCCUCACUGAAGUCAUCGCGUCAAAUAAACGCAUCACUUCCACGUUUCCCAACGGUCUUGUUGCUGUUUUCGUCGGGGGCACCAGCGGCGUAGGUGAGUACACGGUCAAGAAGUUCGCCAAGUAUACUAGUACUCUCAUCUCCCGGGUCUACAUCGUCGGCCGAUCCCAGGAGGCUGCCGACCGCAUCCUGGCGGAUUGCAGGCUGCUCAGUCCCGGCAGCAAGUUCGAGUUCAUCAAGGCGGACGUGAGCCUCCUGAAAGAGGUCGACCAAGUAUGCAAGUACAUCAAAAGCAAGGAAUCAAAGAUCAACAUCCUCUUCCUGACUCAAGCGUCCAUGGCUUUCAAGUCGACCACAUCUGAAGGGUUGCCUCUUUCUGCCGGUCUUAUGAUGCACUCACGCCCGCGAUUCGUCCUCAAUCUUCUGCCUCUGAUCCAGAGUGCGAACUCACUGCGCAGGGUCGUGAGCGUUGGAGCGGCGACCUUUGGGGGCAAGAUUGAUUUGGACAAUAUGUCUAGCCAAGGGUUUCCCCUGCUCAAGAUGCGCGACCAAAACGCGGCCAUACAGUCGCUGCUACUGCAAAAGAUGGCCCGGGAGGCACCAGAAGUCGGCUUCAUACACUCAUGCCCCGGUGUCGUCAAGAGUGGCAUCAUGCGCGAGGCUCAUACGGACGUGAGUCCUGGACUGCGGAUGAUCAUUUUCAUAUCUGGUCUCCUCUCACCCUUCAUACAAGUCCCGCCCGACGAGUGUGGUGAGCGGAACCUCUUCAUGGCUACUAGUGCCAGGUAUCCGCCGCGUGAAGGCGGUGCUGCUGUCGCCGGCGUGUCGUUGAGUCAGAACCUGGCCGAAGCGAGGGGCGCUGACGGACAGGUCGGCAGUGGAAUGUACUCAGUGAACACCAAGGGCGAGAGUGCGCCGCCCAAGGUUGAGAAGGUGCUUCAGGAAUACUGGGAUAAUGGCACGGCGGAAAAGGUGUGGGAGCACAUUGCGGCAGACUUCAAGAGGAUCACUGGAACGGAAUGCAACGAAGAAUCACCAUGUACAAGUUGUACUCGAAGGAGCGAAGUCUGCCAUCAACCAACCAGGCGAUCCAAUAAAGUCGGCACGAUCCCAUCCAUGCCUUCAAAUUCCUACCCCAGCAUUGUUCCAAGCUCGACCAAAGACAACGUGAACCUUCUCCACAUGGAACUAUUCCACCACUUUUCCACACGCACGAUUCAGACGCUCGUGGGCGGUCCUGAAUUCUGGAAUGACGCACUCCAGCUGACCAUCCGAUUCGACUACGUGGUGAACGCCAUGAUGUGCGUUGCGGCGCGGCAUCUCGCCGUCCUACGGCCUGGCGACGCCACAUACCCGGCAGCGGCAAGUGGACACCUGAGUCGGACAUUGUCAAGAUUCCGCCAUGAGAUGUCCCGACCCUUUCCCUCAAUGCAUCUCGACGCCUUCAUAGUCACCUCGCUCUUGCUCCACUACGAGAUAUGGAUCAGUACCGACUUCACAUCAUCGCCCCACAGCAACAGCGGCGAUGGAAACGCCACUACCACUGGUACUUCUAGUGGUACUAGUAGUAAUAGUCCAACCGACCCCUUACAAGAUAGCCUCUUCUCAUAUUGCUCGAGCAUGAAGCAAGUCUUCCUGAAAUGCGUGCCGCACGCGCUGGACCAGCACCAGCCAUCGUUAUGUCUUCCGCACCUUCAGCGCCACAAUCCUGCAGAGGUCUUGGCCCAAGCUACUGCGCAGAGGAACAGCGACAUGCUUGACCGAUUUCGAGAAUAUUUCAGCCACGGCCGCCCGCUGGACUUGGAUAUGCUCAGCAUUCCUGUCUCGCAUGGAGCGGGAACUGAUCCGACUACUAGUAAAGUCUCCAUUGCCGACGCUUCGUUGCAGCACUCCAACCGUCGCGAAACGACAGACGACGCGGGCCCCGAUAUGACGACCAUCGGAGAUGGGUUCGAGACCGCCGUUAACGGGCUCUGUCUCAUUCUGUCCUUCCUUCCCGCCGAGGGACCGGUCUCACGGGGUGGGACUGACGAGGUCAACGAGCAGCCCACUGUGUCAGCGUUGCCGGAAUUGGCCCGUUACAUCCUCUUUUUCCCAGUGAUGUGUAAUGGCCCAUUCGCAUCCAAGGUCCAGCAGUGCGAUCUGCAUGCUCUUCUACUGUUGUAUCACUUUUAUCGUGCCGUAAGAAUCCUGCUACCUCCGGACGAGUACUGGUGGGCUCACAGACGGGCGACUAGAUCGGAAGCGGUCUUGCAUCAAUGGUUGAGCAAUGAGUUUCCACAUCACUAA